AUGCACGACGAAGGCGGAGAAGCGGGCGGUUCUUGCGGUCACUCAGCCGCACAACACGACGAUCCAUCCGGAGCCACCGCGCAACAAAUGUUGAACGAUUCAAUCUCGGAAGGGAUCUCAAGUCCGCAUGAAUGCGGUGGCUCGACUACGCGAAAGGAGAGCUCGCCAUUCGCGCGUUUUCCUCGCUAUAGCCACGAUUUGCGUCACCAUCCGCCAUGUGGACAUAAUUUACGGAGUAAACGUUUGAACGGGAUCUCGGUGGCGUGUCAAACCGAUUCAACUGACGAGUUUCCGAGAGAACAGAAUUUGUUGGCGGUGCGAGCCGCUCAAACGGAAGCCUCAUCCUCGUCAUCGGAAGGAAUCAACGGGGUGCAAUGGAAGAUCAUGGUGAUGCCGAGACAACACGUCGUGCAGAAGAAAGGCACACAGAAAUGUCUCGGUUUCUUUCUGCAAUGUUGCCCUGAUGCGUACUCGGAUGCUUGGCAAUGUCAAGCGUCGGCGGAGUUGCGUUUGAUCUCGCAGAAGCCGGGCGUCAACCAUUUCACCCGGAAAACGAAUCACAUCUACACGGCUAAGGAGAACGAUUGGGGAUACUCGUGCUUCAUGACGUGGGCGGACAUUUUGGAGGAAGACCAAGGCUAUAUCAAAGACGGUCGAGUCGUUUUAGAGGUGUCUGUUAAAGCGGACACGCCAAAAAACAUCUUGACCUAUGAGGACUUUCAAAAGCAAAUUCAAAGCUGGUACGACCUGGCGGAACUACAGCAACAGCGAGGAUUCAUCGAUUUGGCAUUGGAGGCGAACGCGCAAGCGUUGAAAUUCUGCAAAGACCGUGAUGCAGCGAUCAAAGAACGUUUGGAAGAGCAGAAGAAAUUUUUCGUCGAGCGAAAACUUGUCGAGAGUAUUCAGAGGAUCGAGCAGAAAGGUACAUUGACAAGCGUGCCGGAUGAUGAGAACGCCUCGCAAAAUGCUGUUCGAUUGGCGCUCACUCAGAACACUGCUCAGAAAAUACCAGCUGUAAAAGGAGGAAAAAAUGGGAAGAAAAAUCCGACCAAUAAAAAGAAAAAUCGUGCCUCAACUCCACCGGGCAAUCCACCAACGGAAAACAAAGAUGACAGCAAAGAUGGAGAUGAGAAAGUGGACGUGAAAAGUGGACGAUUCUCGAAGAAUGUUCUCCUUCGUGGACAUCGAGAGGAUAGUUAUGCAAAUUUGGCAAAACAAUUCUACGAGAUGCCACCAGAAGCGAUCCAGCUGGAUGAACAGGACACUAGGGACGGUUUAAGCUACAUGUUUGAUCAACUCUUUCAUGUCGCUCGUUUGGACUAUCCAAACAAAUUCAAUUCAACCCCUUUGGACAUGGAGUUACAAAGACAAUUGAUCAUCAAGAAAGCGACGAUGGAAAGCACAGAGGAUCGAGCGUUUAUCAUCGAGAAGAAUAUGGGAUGGUUGGACGCAAAAGUGAGACUGUUUUGGUUGGAGGACGAUUGCUCAUUCUCUGACGGUGCUUCAUGCUCAUCGGAAAGCGAUUCGGGCAGUGGUGACGGGCCACAAUUGAAGAGGAGUCGCUGUGAUGUGGACGAGCGCUGUGAUCAUUGCAUUCUCGCCGAGAAACUCGAGCAACUCUAUUUUGUUGGACCGAAAAAUCGGACAGCGAAUGUCAGACGGAGCCCUUCUGUGAGACGGUGGUGUUGGCACAAAAUGAGGCCGCGAAAAAGAAUCCAGCCGUUGGCGAAACAGUGCCCGUUCCAACCCGGAAAAGCUGCGGCAAAUGCUCAAGUGAUCAGUCAACAGUUGGCAGCAAUGCAACAAGCACAGCUAACACAGCCACCAAUCCCACCACCAACCUCAAUGAUGCCACCACCACACGAAAUGCUCGACGCCUCUCAAUUCGUCCAAGGAUUGGCGGCUGCCCAUUUGGCCUCAAUGCCUCCACCACCCGGGCUGAGCACUGAAGAUCUAGAGAAACAGUUCCGCGAGUGCACAAACGAGAUGCAAGUGGACGAGUCGACAAACGAGUUCUUGAAGCACACUUUCGCGAGAGUUUGGACGAUGAUGAGAGGAUUCGAUGAUCAAACGGUAAAUUCGCAACUCAACCCCGAGGUGCCGAAUGUUUACGAGGGAAAUCUCUACAAUCCGUAUCCAGGACAAGUGCUACCGAAUCAACAAGUGAACAUCGCGUUGUCGGUGAUCGCCGUAAUCAGAAAUCCUGAUGUGCAAACAGCGUUGCGAUCCCUUUGCAAACUCGGCGACAUGGUGGUUGUCGAGGAUGAUGAGGACUCGGGAAGUCCACUUCACAAUGAAGACAAACACGGUGGAGAGGAUUAUUUGUUGUCGCGUCACUUGGCUCGUUUGGACAAUCUGCAACAGAAAGCCGAAAAAUACGCUUACUAUAUUCACAACAAAGAUGGAGAAAGAUUGAUGCAAGCAGUUGCGGCAGUCGAGCAAAAGUUCUUGACACUCGAAAAGGAGAAGGUGAAAAUGCAGAAACAAGUCGAAGAGCACAAGAAAGAGGUCGAGAAAGCGGAAAAGACUCUCACGAAACACCUCAGCGAACUCCGACAAGAAAAAGACAUCAAAGACAAGCUAAAUAAUCAGCUAAAAGAGAAAAACAAAGAGAUCAAGAAAUUCGAGAAACGAAUCAAAGAGUUGACUGUGAUGGCUGAAGAAAAGGAUGAAGCUGGCUCCACCGCACAACAACAAACCUUCUUGGCGUCGCGGGACGAAUGGAAAGGAGUACUCGAAGAGAUUCAACGGAUGGUUGAAAAGCCACCACCCGCUCCAAAGAUCAUCACCAUUCCGUCAGCCACCCCAGCCGCCAUUCCAACACAACAACAAGUUGUGCUGCCACCUGAACCACCAAAGGCCUCACCUGGAGUGAUCGCUCCCGGAUCGCCGAUUCAGAAACCGGUGGCCACCGUCGCUUCACAGCCACAAACCGCCAGUCCAUGCAGACAUCCAGGAGCUAUUGGCUCUCGUGCUAACGGCAACGAAGCAACUCCGAGCACCGCUGCCGCACCGGGAACUGCAUCAAAUCUGAACAUGGGUGGAUCGUGGCACUGGAAUGAUUUCAGUUUAUCCGACAAUUUGCUUGGAAAUCGUGGUUUUGGGCCGCUCACAGACAAUUUUUCGGCAUCAGCGUCCACCAGCACCAACCCUGCUCCCACCACCACAACGCAUGCAACGACAACGAAUGGAUGGUCGGGUGAUGGAUGGAAUCAGAAAACUCCAACCGCCCCACCGCCACACACUGCCGCUCCCGGAGCCCCGAUUCAGCAGAACCAGAGAAUCACACAGAAAUACGGUGGCGAAGAAGCGUUUAAACAUCAAACGAUCCUCGAGCAAGUCAGCGAGAUCUUUCGCCACGUCGAAAAGAAGAAAUUGGUGAACUUGUCGAACGAGUACUGCUAUCAGAACCAAACGAACUUCCAACACGAACCAAUUCCGAUUGCUGUGAAGAUCCUGGAGAAGUACAUCACACAAAAGCUGAACAACGAGACGAACGAUGCGUCGAAUCGUCGUGUGAUGGGCACUCCGAUUCAACCGCCACCCGGUGUCACCCCGAGCUACAUGAACAUGGGUCCAUUAUCCGGUUUAGACAUGCCCAUCAGACAAACACCUAAUCAAAUGAUGGGCACGUACAACACGAUGAUGGACAACUCGCUUCUCAACGGCGAUGCCACUCGCUCGGUGAUCGGCGCCGACAAGUGGAGUCUUCAAAAUCUC